GGAGAUUUCAUCAAUUGUAAUGUGUUUUCUUGGGUUUUUACAACCAUUCUCACCGACUUGGAUUAUUAUAAAUCAAUCUCCAAAAAUCACACCAACGCGACGGAGAAACCAAGGGCUACUGUUGCAACCGUAAGAUUUUAUUAAACCUCAGAGCUCCGUUGAGCAUUUGGUAUGAGAAGAGAAGAGAAGAAUGACUUAUCAAUCUCUUUACUACAGCCCUUCCAUUUCCUUCUCAACCCCCAAACGUCACCGUUUUGCUCCAACUUGGAGAAUACGAUGCGACGCGUCGUCGGUGUCGGUGGAGCAGAAGGUCGGGCCUUACCCUGGUGGGCUUGGCCCGUACACUGGUAGAGACCCUAAUGUUAAGAAGCCUGAGUGGUUGAGGCAGAAAGCUCCUCAAGGCGAAAGGUUCGAAGAGAUAAAAGAUUCAUUGUCCCAUUUGAAGCUUAACACUGUGUGUGAGGAGGCACAGUGCCCCAACAUUGGAGAGUGUUGGAAUGGAGGUGGUGAUGGCAUUGCAACCGCAACAAUCAUGCUUCUUGGAGACACUUGCACCCGUGGAUGUAGAUUUUGUGCCGUCAAGACCAGCAGAAACCCUCCCCCUCCUGAUCCUAUGGAACCUCUUAACACUGCCAAGGCCAUUGCAAGUUGGGGUGUGGAUUAUAUUGUCCUAACAAGUGUGGAUCGUGAUGAUCUACCUGAUGGAGGAAGUGGCCAUUUUGCUCAGACUGUCAAAGCUAUGAAGAAUCUCAAACCAGAGAUCAUGGUUGAGUGUUUAACCUCUGAUUUUCGGGGUGAUCUGAAUGCUGUAGAAACUCUGGUUCACUCAGGUUUAGAUGUCUUUGCUCAUAACGUGGAGACAGUCAAACGCCUCCAAAGAAUUGUUAGAGAUCCUAGGGCAGGGUACGAGCAAAGCCUGUCAGUUCUAAAACAUGCAAAAUAUAGCAAGGAGGGCAUGAUAACAAAAACUUCUAUAAUGCUGGGCCUUGGAGAAUCUGAUGAUGAGGUGAAGGAAGCAAUGGCUGAUUUAAGGGCCAUUGAUGUUGAUAUUCUUACAUUUGGUCAAUAUUUGCAGCCAACUCCUUUGCACUUAACUGUCAAAGAGUAUGUUACUCCUGAGAAGUUUGCUUUUUGGAAGGAAUAUGGGGAAUCUAUUGGUUUUCGUUAUGUAGCCAGUGGUCCUCUGGUGCGAUCUUCGUACAGGGCUGGGGAGCUGUUUGUCAAGACAAUGGUACGAGAAAAGGCCAAGAAUGCUGCUGGUGACUCAUUGUUGUGACCUUUGGUUCUGCCAUUAUGUAUAUUAAGCAACAACAGCUGACGAGGUUUUCGCAUUGGCAAUUGCUGCGGAGGAAAAUGGUUAGGUGUGGCGAGAAAAUUUUAUACUUUUGAAGUCAAAUCGUUUUUGCCUAGUCUUUGGACCAGUUAUAUUUAUUAAUUUAAAUUCUUUAGUAAACAACUGACAAUAUACGCAAGUUAAAAUUGAGAGAGUAAAAAAAAAAAAAAAAGACAACAAAAACAUUAUAACGCCAGAAUAAUGAUUAGUUUACAAGUUUCUAUUUUUUCUCAUUGAGUUUAUCUAAAUGAGAGAUACUCAAUAUUUGUUCCCAACAGCCAUCGCUAUUAUAAUUUCAUUUUGGAGAUUCACUAGU